UAACAACAAUAAUAAUAAUAAUCAAUUACCGCUCCUGACUGGCUUGUCAGAUUGCAACUCACAAAGCGGAGACUAUAAAUACACAGACUACGGCAUAUAAUAGUAGAGAGAGGACAUUUUCCCUACGGUGAGACUUUCUCGGCCAUUCUCUUCCUCCAUCCGUCCGAUCCCAGAGAAUUAGGUCUCUCCACUUUAUACAUCGAUCUCUGUCGUUAUCUUUUUAACCAGCUUGUAAAUGAUAUUAUAUAAACAAUAUUUUAUAAAGAGAAAGAAAGAGAGAGAGAGAGAUAGGCGUAUGGUUGUUUGAACGGAAAUGGCGUUGAUAUCGACGGGAGUGAUGCCUGUGUGCGGGAGUUUGUGCUUUUUUUGCCCUUCCUUGAGCACCAGAUCCAGGCAUCCUGUCAAACGUUACAAGAAAUUUCUCGCCAAUAUUUUUCCUCGAUCUCCGGAUGGACAACCCAAUGAACGAAUGAUCAGUAAAUUAUGUGAAUAUGUUUCCAAGAGCCCUCUUCGUAUUCCAAAGAUAACAAGUUCAUUGGAGCGGAAAUUUUACAGGAAUUUGCGAAGUGAGCAAUUUCACUCUGUAAAAAUUAUUGUGUAUAUCUACAGGAAGCUGAUGGUUUCUUGUAAGGAGCAAAUGCCAUUGUUUGCAAGUAGCUUUCUUAGCAUUGUAGAAAUCCUGCUAGAUGAAACAAGAAUGGACGAUACGCGUGUAUUGGGAUGCCAAGCUCUUUUUGUUUUUGUGAAUAAUCAGAGGGAUGGUACUUAUAUGUUCAACUUAGAUGGAUUGAUUCCGAAACUUUGUCUUAUAGCUCAAGAAAUGGGAGAGGAGAGGAGGGUACAACGUUUGCAUGCUGCUGGUCUCCAAACCCUUUCAUCUGUGGUUUGGUUCAUGGGAGAGUUCUCUCAUGUCUCAGCUGAAUUUGAUAAUGUUGUUUCAGCAGUCUUGGAAAAUUACAGAGGUUUGGAAACAUCAGAUACUGUUAAUCAUGACAAGCAAGAUAUACAGGAUGGCUGUGCUGAAGACAAUUUCUCUUCCACAGAUGCCAUGACAACGCUUUCUUGGAGGAGUAUUGUGAGUGAGACUGGAGAAGUUCAUGUGUCUUUGGAGGAAGCUGAGAAUCCCAAAUUUUGGUCAAGAGUUUGCCUGCAUAACAUGGCUAAGUUAGCCAAGGAAGCCACAACUGUCCGACGUGUCUUGGAAUCUUUGUUUCGGUUUUUUGACAAUGAGGAACUAUGGUCUACCCAGCAUGGUGUAGCUCUUUUUGUCUUGCAGGACAUGCAGUUAAUAAUAGAGAAAUGUGGGGAAAACACACACUUUUUGUUGUCCAUCUUAGUAAAGCAUCUUGACCACAAGAAUGUUCUGAAGAAGCCCAGUAUGCAGCUACAUAUUGUGGAUGUUGCCACUUCCCUUGCUCAACAAACAAAAGUUCAGCCAUCCGUGGCUAUAAUUGGUGCAUUAACCUAUAUGACAAGACACCUACGGAAAAGCAUACAUUGCUUACUUGAUGAUUCCAGUCUGGGAGCUGAGGUGAUUCAAUACAACCAAAAUUUUCGAGCAGCAGUAGAUGAGUGCCUUGUUCAAUUAUCACAUAAGGUUGGGGAUGCAGGUCCUGUCCUUGAUAUGAUGGCUGUGAUGUUGGAGAACAUGCCAAACAUUACUCUUAUGGCCAGAACCUUGAUAACUGCAGUUUAUCGUACUGCUCAAAUUAUGACAUCAAUUCCAAAUUUGUCAUACCAAAACAAGGCUUUUCCUGAGGCAUUGUUUCAUCAAUUACUUCUAGCAAUGGUCUGUGCAGACAAUGAAACAAGGGUUGGUGCUCACCGCAUAUUUUCCGUUGUUCUGGUUCCAGCAUCUGUUUACCCUUUUCCUUCUGCUGCUACUCCUUUUUCAAACAAGGCCACUAAUAUGCAAAAGACACUCUCAAGAACUGUAUCUGUAUUUUCUUCUUCGGCUGCACUCUUUCAGAAGUUAGGUGAGGAAGAUAAAGAAAAGGUUGUAGACAACAAGGUUGGAAACAUCAAUGGCGUCUCGAUGCAAGAUAGUUUGAACUAUGCUAAAAGGCAACCUUCAAUUGUAACCACAAAUGAAAUUGUUGACAGUGACUGUGCAAAGAUCCAAAGCCAGACCAUUCUGAACAGGUUGAAGUCAAGUUACAGCCGAGCUUAUAGUGUAAAGAUGAAUCCAUCAGCUACAAUAGAAGAUGAAAAAUCAAUGAGUAAUUCAGUUGAAGUUCCAGCUUUACCUCUUCGUUUAAGCAGUCAUCAGAUAACUCUGAUGCUUUCAUCUAUCUGGGCACAAUCCAUCUCUCCUUUAAAUAGGCCUGAAAAUUUUGAAGCAAUUUCUCAUACCUAUAGCCUGGUGUUGUUAUUUGCACGGACCAAGAACUCCUGUAAUGAGGCUAUGAUUCGAAGCUUUCAGCUGGCCUUUUCCUUAAGAAGCAUAUCUCUAGGAAGAGGAGGGCCACUACAGCCAUCACACCGGAGGUCCCUCUUUAUCCUUGCUACUUCUAUGAUCAUCUUCUCAUCAAAAGCCUACAACAUUCCCCCACUUUUCCCUUGUGCUAAAGCUUCACUUACAGAGAAAAUAGUUGACCCAUUUCUGCAGUUGGUCGAUGAUUGCAAGUUACAGACUGCUAAAACUGAAGUAGAGCAUCCAGGAAAAGUAUAUGGAUCAAAAGAAGACAAUGAAGAUGCCUUGAAGUCACUUUCAGAAAUAGAAAUAGCAGAUAACCAAUCUAAAGAGUCAUUUGCAACAAUGAUAGUGAACUUUCUUGGAAAUUUGUCUGAUCAAGAAUCAUCCAAAAUAAGAAAGCAGUUGCUUAGUAAUUUCAUCCCUGAUGAUGGAUGUCCACUUGGAACUCGUCUGUUCACGGAGACACCUGCACAAACAUAUGAAUCUGGAUCAAUAGAUAAUCAAUCUACAGAAAAGGUUGAGUCUCCAUUAUUCACAGCAGAUGAUGAUGUUUUGCCUAGUCCAUUGAAAGGUCAAACAGGUAAUGACACAUGUUUGGCACUUGAACCUCGAAGUCUCCUGAGUGUUGAUGAACUUCUUGAUGCACUUUCAGAGACAGCAGAUCAAGUUGGAAGAUCCUCAGUCUCAACACCCCCUGACAUGCCUUACAGUGAAAUCGCUGGCCACUGUGAGGCCCUUCUUGUGGGAAAGCAGCAGAAGAUGUCUGCCUUAUUGAGUGCUCAACAGAAUCGAGAAAGUUUAGUGAGCAUUUCUGCAAAGGAGGUCCAGCCUCUUUAUCAUAUUGAAUCAGGUUCCUUGAAGAGUGAAAAUUCAUUUAUUGAUCAAGAUGUUGGUGUUGUUCCUUUGCAUCAAUCUGCUGGGCCUACGUUGUGCAACUAAUUAUCAACAUCAACCCUGCUUUCAGCUUCCUGCGACAUGCCCAUACGACAAUUUUCUAAAGGCUGCUGGUUGUUGAUACCUAGAGAAGGUUGAAACUUAGGGUUGAAAUUUGAUUGCCUUCAUCUUGUCUUUUCUUAAAGACUCAUUAAAUUGUUGUUCGGAUGCAUUGCAAAGUCGACUUUAAGUGGCCCUUCGUGUGCUCUCUUUCAUUUCAUCAAGGUUCACUCGUGCUUGCGGUUGUAGAGUUCCUUCCCCCUCUUCCUUUUGUAAACAUUGUUAUUUGUAUGUAAAUGUUCCAUGCAAAAAACUAAAAUAAAAAAUAAAAAAAAGGGGAUAUCUUGGGUUA